AUGGACAAGCAGGGGAUCAGCGACGUCUCUGAGUACGUCGCACAGAGCAAUAGCAUCGGCGUCGUGUGGGCGUGGUGCGCAGCGGCUCCUGCGGCGUUCGUGUCCAUGAUAAGUGCUCACUCCCGCCCAAGGCAGGCCUCUCAGGAGAGGAGUGCACACUACUUACCCUUCUACGAGCAAGAGAGCGGGUGUGUGUGCACUGUGCGAGUGGACCGCAUGGGCAUCACUCUCAACGAUUUUCUCCACCGCGUGCCUCUGUGGCUUGUGACGUGGCACACGCAGCUGCUUUAUCGCCUCUUCGGGCCUGGCGGUGUGGCGGUGCACGUGACGAACCUGCACAGUCUCGUGCUGGACUCGCUGCUGUCCGGCUGGGAGGGCACGCCCGUGCAGGUAACUGCGCUGACGUCGCAGCAUCGCCUCAGCGCCUGCAUUUCAGCCCAUAGACGCAGCACUGGCCGUGUCUUUUCCGCCCUUGAGGGGCUGCAGGCCCUCGUGCUGCUUCCUUCUCCCUACGAGCAUGGUUCUCUGGUUGUGGCCGAGUACGCGCCUCUCUUGCGCCGCGUCACGGCGAGCACGUGCCGUGUGGAGUACUUGAAGCCACUGAGUCAGCUUCAACAUCUGCAGGAGGUGCAACUGGCCCAGACACUGAUCCGCGACAAGGAGCUCCGCAUCUUGGCGAAGCUUCCUCUCCUAACCACCCUCGACGUUUCUUCCUGUCCUCGCUUGUCCAGCCUUGAGCCCCUUGCCUGUGCUGCCUCUCUUCGAGUUCUGCGCGCUACCAGCUGCGAGCGGCUCAUACUCGUGUCUCAGCUCGGCACCCUUUCGACCCUGCGGGUAGUGGACCUCUCUGACAACAUGUUGCGACCCACUGAGUUUGCGUCGUUUAUAACGCAGCCCACCUUGCAGCUCCAAGUCGGCUACUUUGCGCACAUGCGCUGGCCCCGUGACGACCCACUGCACGCGCAGCUGCUGGGCGCCGCCACGCACCUCCACCUCUCCUAUGGCACACUACCGAACAUUCGCUGGCUGUGCGGUGCGCAUAACUUGGAGCAUCUUUGUCUCAACCACACCAACAUAACAGAGGCCGACGUGACAGCGCUGGUGCCGCACACGCCGCUCCUGCGCGUCCUGUCGCUUUCGUGCUGCGAGCGCCUGCGCACUAACCUGAACUUUACCCAUUCACUGCGUCUCCUCACUGUGCUGACCAUCACACGCAGCAGCCUGCCCUUUGUCUUUCCAGAGCUGGCAGAACUCCAGCGCUCCCUGACAGUGACGCUUUCGUGA